AUGAGGCGGGCCACAGUUCAACUGGGUGUGGUAAUAGCCCUUCACUUACUCUUCAGCUGGUGCCGUGGAGGAAUUACAAAUAUUAAUUGUGCUGGCAACAUCUGGGUAGAACCCGCCACAGUUAUUAAGAUGGGCAUGAACAUCUCUAUAUAUUGCCAAGCAAACUUUAAAAGCUGCCAACCAAGGAGAUUUUAUUUUUAUAAAAAUGGUGUCAAGGAAAGAUUUCAUGUCACACGGAUAAAUAGAACCACAGCUCAACUCUGGCACACAAACUUUCGGGAUGCCCAUGCUUCCAUGCUCUGCACUGCUGAGUGUCCUGGCCAUUUUCAAGAGACACUGAUAUGUGGGAAAGACAUAUCUUCAGGAUAUCCCCCUGACACUCCGGCUGAGGUGAUGUGCUUCAUUUAUGAAGACUCAGGCAACAUGACUUGCACAUGGAACCCUGGGAGGCGCACCUAUGUGGACACAGAGUACGUGGUACACGUGAAGAGUUUAGAGACAGAAGAAGAGCUGCACUAUUUUACCUCAAGCUACAUUAACAUCUCCACUGAGGCACUGCAAGGAGGCAGGAAGUAUUUGGUUUGGGUCCAGGCUGUCAACGCGCUAGGCAUGGAGGAGUCACCCCAGUUGCACAUCCAUCUGGAUGAUAUAGUGAUUCCUUCUGCAUCCAUCAUUUCCAAGGCUGAGACUAUAAAUGCUACUUUGGCCAAGACCAUAGUUCAUUGGAAUAGCAAAACCAAGAUUGGAAAGGUUUUCUGUGAAGUGAGAUACAAGGCGGAAACAAACCAAACUUGGAAUGUUAAAGGAUUCGACACCAACUUCACAUCUAUACAGCAGUCAGAAUUCUACUUAGAGCCAAACACCAAAUAUGUAUUUCAGGUGAGAUGUCAGGAAACAGGUAAAAGAUACUGGCAGCCCUGGAGUUCACCCUUUGUCCACAAAACACCCAAAACAGUUCCCCAGGUCACACCAAAAUUAGCCCAACGUGAUGCUUGGAAUCACACAACGCUAAAUUCUGCCAUCGUUAAAGAAGACCUUACUUCUGAUAACAGGCCAGACAUCAGACUUCUGUCAGGAAUGGUCUUCUUGGCUGUUGCAUUGUCAGUUUUUUCUCUGGUUGGGAUAUUUAAGAGAUCUCUUCGAACUGGAAUUAAAAGAAAAAUAUUAUUGCUGAUACCAAACUGGCUUCAUGAAGAUAUUCCUAAUAUGGAAAACAGUAAUGUUGCAAAACUGUUACAGGAAAAAAGUGAAUUUGUGAAUAUUAAUAAUGCCAGUGAACAGAUCCUUUACAUGGAUCCUGUUAUUACAGAGAUCAAAGAAGUCUUUCUGCCAGAACACAAGCCCACAGUCUAUCAAGAGGGACUGCACACAGGCCCCCUGGCAACAAGGGCCUGCCUGCAGAGGUCACUGUCCAGCACUUCGGUUGCGUACAUUCCUGAUCUCCACACAGGAUACAAACCCCAGGUUUCGCACUUUCCCACUGGGGGAAACUAUCUCAGCAACAGUGAUGACAUAGAUUCCUCAGGCCCCAAGCUACCCAGUCCCUCUUUUGACCUGGGAAAGAACACCAGGUCAAAAAAAUAUCCUGAUUUUGCAUUUUCUUUCUCAAGUGUGAAUUCAUUAAGCAGCACACUAAUUCUUGAAGAAUUAAGCCUCAUCUUAAAUCAAGGUGAAUGUAGUCCUCCUAACAGACGAAACUCAGUGGAAGAGGAAAGCACCAUGUUUUUGGAAAACGAAUUACCCUGUGAAAAUAUUCCAGAACAAACCUUGCUGCCUGAUGAAUUUGUCUCCUGUUUGGCAAUGGCAAACGAGGCAUUGCCAUCUAUUAAUUCCUAUAUUCCACAAAAUGUGGUGUAA